GAAAAGAAAAAAUCGUGUUCCAGUCCGUAGUGGUGUAUAGCUGCGUUGUCCAUUUUCGAAAUCAUUUUAUCAUGGUUAAGUUAGGUUAUAUCGUAUACAUCAAAUCAUAGAAUUAAUUUCUUUUAAGUUAGUGCUGUAAGGAAAAAAAAAUCUAAUUUUUUUGGUUUGAAGUGCAACAAAUAUAAUUCCAAGGCUUUAUUUGUUAAAUAUAAUAUACGAUUUUCUAUUGUAAACGUAGACAGCUAGCUAGUUUAGGGUAGUUAUCUACAGCAUUAAGAUAAAAGAGCAUAACUGCUUAGUCAAUCGCAAGCCUACUAAAAAAUAAGCAACCGGCGUUUCUUCAUUCUUCAUUUUCCAACAUCUAUAUCUAACGACGACGACAACUACGACGACAAAAAAGGAAAGUAAUACAAUUUAUAAUUAGAAAGUUACGUAUCGACUUUAAUUAUCAUUUGGAUAUAUUAUAUCUCUUCAAAACCUAACUUUAUACACAUACAGUAGAAAAGAAAAUAUAAUAUAUAUAAAUCAUUUAAGAGCAUCGUGUCUAAGUAAAAUUAUAUUUUCAUAAAAAAAAAAAGAAGAAAAGAAAAAAAUCCACACACUAGUUUAUACGGAAACCUUCAUUUUUAAACUUUAUUGAAUAUCACUCAAGACUCUCUUUCUCUCUUGGAACGGAAAGAAAAAUAAAAAAAAGUAAUUAUAAUCACAAUUACGUCAAUUAUUAAAAAAAGCCCGCAAAAAAUAAUGGAGGAAGAUGAGAGAGGUAAAUUAUUCGUUGGCGGUUUGUCAUGGGAAACAACGCAAGAAAAUUUGUCGCGGUAUUUCUGUCGUUUUGGCGAAAUUAUCGAUUGUGUUGUAAUGAAAAACAAUGAGAGUGGUCGAUCACGUGGAUUUGGAUUUGUUACAUUUGCCGAUCCGGCAAAUGUCAAUCAUGUUCUGCAAAGUGGACCUCAUUCAUUGGAUGGUAGGACAAUUGAUCCGAAACCAUGUAAUCCAAGGACAUUGCAGAAGCCCAAGAAGGGUGGUGGUUAUAAGGUGUUUUUGGGUGGAUUACCAUCAAAUGUCACCGAAACUGAUUUGAGGACUUUCUUUGGACGGUAUGGUAAAGUGACCGAGGUUGUUAUUAUGUAUGACCAAGAGAAGAAAAAGUCUCGUGGAUUUGGUUUCUUGUCGUUUGAAGAGGAAUCAUCAGUGGAGCAUGUGACUAAUGAACGUUAUAUCAAUCUGAAUGGCAAACAGGUUGAAAUCAAAAAAGCAGAACCCAGAGAUGGAUCUGGAAACAACAGCAACAACAGCGGCGUUGGAGGUGGAUAUGGUAAAAUGGGCAAUGAAUGUAAUCAUUGGGGACCACAUCAUGCUCCCAUCAACAUGCUUCAAGGUCAGAAUGGUCAAAUGGGAGGUCCACCUCUAAACAUGCCUAUUGGGGCACCCAACAUGAUGCCAGGCUACCAGGGCUGGGGAACAUCUGCCCAGCAGCAGGGUUAUGGAUACGGUAGUAGCGGUCCAGGAUCCUACCAAGGCUGGGGUGCUCCACCAGGCCCUCAAGGACCACCACCCCAAUGGAGCAAUUAUGCAGGACCACAACAAACCCAAGGGUAUGGUGGAUACGACAUGUACAGUUCGACAUCCACCGGUGGACCAUCUGGUCCUUCGGGUGGCGGCAGUUGGAACUCGUGGAAUAUGCCACCCAACUCUGCAGGUCCAGCUGCACCAGCUGCUGGUGGUGGUUCAGCAACGGACAUGUAUUCACGUGCUCAAACGUGGGCUGCUGGUGGUCCAUCUUCAACCGGUCCCGUUGGAGGCAUCCCCAGAGCUGGACCUGGAAAUUCAGCUUCAAAAUCUGGCUCCGAAUAUGACUACGGCGGCUAUGGAUCAUCGGGGUACGAUUAUGAGUAUAGUAACUAUGCAAAAGAACAAGGUGCAUCAACUUAUGGUGCCGGCCCAAGAUCAGCCUACGGCAACGAUAGUUCAUCGCAGCCGCCAUACCCCGCUUCACAAGCUGUUUAAGGUAGCAUUUUUUGAUUGAGCAAAUUGUAUAAAAUUGAACUACAGAGAUUUAUUCAAAUUUUCAAUUUAUUAAUACACAUACAUUAAAUAUUUGACACAAUUAUAAAAUUUAGCUAAUUAUAUAUAUAAAAAAAAUACAAACUAUUUGCUAAAAAUUAAAAAAAAAAAAGAGAACACAAAAAAA